CCUGUGAGGACCUGAGGCGCGGGGACGGGACGGGACGGGACGGGCGUCCUCCACACACACCCCCCCCGAUAGGCGCUCAGUACGUACCGGUGCGGGAAGCGGCCGGCAUGAGUCCCACCCGCUGGGACUUCCCGGUGGAGCUGUGCUGCCGGCCGAUGGCCUUCGUCACCCUCACGGGCCUGGACGUCGUCUACAACGCCGUGCACCGGGCGGUGUGGGACGCCUUCUGCGCCAACCGGAGGGCCGACCGCGUUCCCAUUUCCUUCAAAGUGCUCCCCGGGGACCACGAGUACCCCAAGUGCAGGCCCAAGAGGACCUCCUACGAGUGGUACAUCCCCAAGGGGAUCCUGAAGACCAGCUGGAUGAACAAACACCUGACCCUGGUGCCGGCCCUCGUGGUGGUCUUCUACGAGCUGGACUGGGACGAGCCCCAGUGGAAGGAGAAGCAGUCCGAAUGCGCCACCCGAGUGGAGAUCGUCAGGCAAAGUUUGCAAGGAAGAAACACCAAAGUUGCCGUGGUCCUGAUCCAGAAGAAGACGCCCCUGCCCCCGGGGGAAGACGUCAUCGCCUCAGAAAGGGCAGCAGCUCUGUGUAACGCCUGCGAACUGUCCGGAAAGUCGCUCUUUGUCCUGCCUCACACGGAUCACCUGGUCGGUUACAUUAUAAGAUUGGAAAACGCCUUCUAUGAGCACGCCCAGACGUAUUACUACACCGAGAUUCGGAGGGUGAAGUCGCACAAGGAAUUCUUGAACAAAACCACCCAUCAGCUCUUAUUCGUCAGACAUCAGUUCAAAAUCGCCUUCUUCAGCGAACUGAAGCAAGAUUCCCAGAAUGCCUUAAAAAACUACCGGGCCGCCUACAAUCUCAUCCACGAGCUCAGGGCCCAUGAAACCAACAUGCUGGAAAUCAAGACUCUGGCUGGGUACAUCAGUUACAAGAUCUGCCGCCUGUGCUUUCAGCAUAACACUCCGCUGGACGCCAUCGCCCAGUUCAGGAAGCACGUAGACCUGUGCAAGAAAAAAAUUGGCAGCGCAGAGCUGGCCUUCGAGCACGCCGCCUGGAUGUCCAAACAAUUCCAAGCCUUCGGAGACCUCUUUGACGAGGCCAUCAAGCUGGGCCUGACGGCCAUCCAGACGCAAAACCCUGGCUUUUAUUACCAGCAGGCUGCCUAUUACGCGCAGGAACGCAAGCAACUGGCCGGCAGCCUCUGUCACCACCAGCCUCCCGUGGCGUAUCCCAGUCCCGAUCCCCUGGAAACGCAAACCGGAGUGCUGGAUUUUUACGGGCAGAGACCCUGGCGACAAGGAAUUCUGAGUUUCGACCUUUCCGACCUGGAGAAAGAAAAGGUUGGCAUUCUUGCCCUGCAGCUGAAGGAGAGGAACGUCAUCCACUCGGAAAUAAUCAUCGCUCUUCUGAGCAAUGCCGUUGCCCAGUUUAAGAAGUAUAAAUGUCCGAGGAUGAAGAGUCAUUUAAUGGUUCAAAUGGGAGAAGAAUACUAUUACACCAAAGACUACACGAAGGCCUUGAAGCUGCUGGACUACGUGAUGUGCGACUAUCGGAGCGAGGCGUGGUGGACCCUGCUCACGUCCAUACUGACCACGGCGCUCAAGUGCUCCUACCUGAUGGCCCAGCUGAAGGACUACGUCACCUACUCUCUCGAACUGCUCGGCCGAGCUUCCACCUUAAAAGAUGACCAGAAGUCUCGGAUCGAAAAGAACUUGAUCAGCGUGCUGAUGAACGAGAGUCCCGAGCCGGAGCCGGACUGCGAUCCCCCGGCCGUGGCCGCCGCUCAGAAGCUCUGGUCCGACCGCGUGUCGCUGGCGGGCGGCAACGUUUUCUCCAUCGGAGUCCAGGACUUUGUCCCCUUCGUGCAGUGCAAAGCCCAAUUCCUCGCCCCCAGCUUCCACGUGGACGUGCCCGUUGAGCUCGCCGUCUUCCUGAAGGCCGACUGUCCCCGCCCGGUCCGGUUUUCCAAGCUUGGCGUCAGCUUUAACAACCAGGAAUACAACCAGUUCUGUGUGAUGGAAGAAGCUUACCAGGCCAGCGACGUUUUGGAAAACUCGACCCAGGGGACGAUGUGCCUCGUUCCGGGGAAAACCAGGAAGUUUGCCUUCAGAUUCGCGGCCAGGACCGAGGAUGUGGGAAAGAAGAUUGAGAUGGCAUCGGUGGACUUGGUGCUGGGCAGCGACACGGGACGAUGUGUGGUUCUCACCUGGCAAGGCGGUGGGGGAGACGCCGCGUCGGCGCAGGAGGCCUUGCAGGCGGCGCGGUCUUUCCGCCGGCGGCCCAAGCUGGCGGACGGCGAGGUGCACUGGGACAGCGUCGCCAUCCAGGCCGGCACGAUGAUCAUCUCCCGAGUUCCCAACGUGUCCGUCCAGCUCCGCCACGAGCCUCCGGCUCUCACGAACGAAAUGUACUGUUUGGCCGUGGUGAUCCAGUCCCGGGAGACGACGCCCAUCCGCGACGUGAAGCUCACCGCUGGCUUAAAACCAGGGCAGGACGCCAACCUGACUCAGAAAACUCACGUGUCCCUCUGUGGGACGGAGAUGUGUGACGAUUCCUACCCCGCUUUGCUUCCCGACAUUCCCGUUGGAGCGCUUCAGCCGGGGGAACGGCUGGAGAAGACGCUGUUCGUCCGCUGCGGGACGGUGGGCUCCAGGAUGUUCCUGGUGUCCGUCUCCUACCUGAUAGACGUGGCCGUGGAGGGCGGAGAGGUCACGUGCAGGUGUCACCGGGACGAGACCGUGACGAUCGAAACGGUGUUCCCGUUCGACGUGGCCGUGCGAUUCGUCUCCACGAAGUUCGAGCACCUGGAGAGGGUCUACGCCGACGUCCCCUUCCUGCUCCUGACGGACAUCCUGAGUGCCUCCCCGUGGGCCCUCACCGUGGAGUCCAGCCGGCUGCAGCUGGCGGCGGCCACCGCGCCGGUGGAUGGGCUGGAGUCGCACGUGGAGCAGGUUCUCCUCCAGACGGGCGAGAGCGCCAGCGAAUGCUUCUGCCUUCGGUGCCCGCCACCCGGCAACGCCGACGGAGGGGUGGCCACCGGCCAGUACAUCAUCUCCUGGAGGAGGAGCUCGGCCUUGGAGAGGGUCCCCGUGGUCAGCACGGCCAUCACUCUGCCCCACGUGAUCGUGGAGAGCAUCCCCCUCCACGUGAACGCAGAUCUUCCUCCUUUCGGGCGGGUGCGGGAGUCCUUUCCGGUGAAGUAUCACCUGCGCAACCAGACCAGCCUGGUCCAGGACGUGGAAAUCUCCGUGGAGCCGAGCGACGCCUUCAUGUUCUCGGGCCUGAAGCAGAUCCGGCUGCGCAUCCUCCCCGGCACGGCGCAGGAAAUGCUCUACAACUUCUACCCGCUGACGGCCGGCUACCAGGAGCUGCCGGCCCUGCGCGUCAGCCUGCCCCGCUGCCCCGCCGCCUUCCCCCACCAGCUGCUCAGGCGCCUCAUCCCCACCUUCGUCUUCAUCAAGCCGCAGGGCCGACGGGGGGACGACGCCUCCAUCGCCGCCGCGUGACCUCGGGCCGUGUCCAGGUCCGUUCCGGAGUCGUCGCCGACCGGGGCCGGGCUGCUCGUCCCUUCGAGGCCCGGACUGCCGCGGGAGAAGCCCU